GCACAUUUCAACUACGACUUUACGACUUCAACUUCAACGUUCUUUUGACACCAUCCAACAAUCCUUUGGUUGACAAAGGAAGAGAAAGAAGGAAAGACGUUCAGAAACAAUGGGUUUGAUUACACUCUGAACAAUCUGAACAAUCCGAACAAUAUCCAUUCUUUCAGAACAAUGAUAUAUUUUGGCCUCUUAUAGCGCUGCUGGUGCACGAAUUCCUACUUCAACCCGCUUGUCCUCGACACAUCAUCGUCAACGACUUGAACCACUACUUUCAUUUCACUAUUGCUAGAGCGCAACUGCGAUUCCUACCCUAUUUAUAUUUAUUUUCUAUACCCAGUAGUUAAUGAACUCUUGAGUUGCGCAGCUAGCUGCCCUUCGGCUGGAAUCGAGUUACGGUUCACAGCCUCCUCUAAUCCUAAUAAACGACAGAGACGGCAUCACACAUUACAUACCGAGAUAAUAUCUAACCGUAACCAUGGUUCCCUCUAUACAAUCACCGGCUACGCAAGGAGCCUUGCUCGAAUGGACCGAGUCGAUGCUCGUCCGAUUCAUACCUGAUCGAGGUCCAGAGUUGAGAGCGAAGAAGCCCGAGAACCUCUUCGACGGUGCUGUUUUCUCUGCCCUGCUUGAGAUUCUAGAUACCGAGUACAACCCUUCUAGAUUCCAGCAAAGCCUUGAAGCUUUUCCAACCGAUACCGAUGCAUCACAAGGUAGAAGAAGGAACCUGCACAUCAUCCAUAUGGGAUUGAAGGACCUAGGGAGGCGAAACUGUCCUAGAAUAGAACCCCUGAUCAAUGAACUGGAUUUCCAGGCAUUGGCUAAAGAGCCUACCAGGGCUGGCGCUUUCGAUAUACUAGUCCUCUUCCUGUGCGCUGCAUGUCUCCGUGAAGACGAUAACUCGAAAUUUGUUAGUUUGGUUACAGGUUUGGAAACGAAACUUCAGCAGGGCAUUUUCCAGAUCCUCAAAGAAGUUGAGACCAAACUGGCACAGAUAACUGACAGUGACCUUGAACCCGGCCAACUUCCCGCAGACCCCGAUGACGAACUUGCGCAGGAAGCAGCGCUGGCGCAAUUGCAAUAUGAGGCGGAAGAAGCGAAAAGGCAGGCGGGCGGCUUAAAAAUGCGGCUGGAUCGUCUUCAGGAUAACUACGAGGAUCUUAUUAGGAAGCACGAGGAGCUCCAAGAAGAGAAUGAGCAGUUACACAAGCAGAUUGAGUCGGAAGUCGGUAACUUCGACAAACAUCGUCUUCAACGCCAGCUGAAGGAGAAUGAGACGCUCAUCGCAAACUUGGAGAACGAAAGGAAUUACUUGGUUGAAGAAAGGGACCGGCUCUUGAAAGAGAAAGCCCGCCUUGAAAUAGCGGCCCAAAAAGCUGAGACGUUAACUGACGAGAACCAGGAGCUUCGUUCUAGAAAUGAAGACCUUUCUAAGAAGGCCAACAUGGCCGACAAUCUAAGAAAGAAGCUAGAGUCGAUGAAGGCGAUAGAAGCUGACUUCAAGACCCUCCAAAAUGAGAGGGUUGAUGCGGCCAGACUUAUGGAACAGCUUGAAAACGCCACAAUGAGGGUAGAGACCUUGAAGCGGGAAGCUGAAGCUUAUGCCACGAAGAUGCAAGGGUAUGAAAUCGACAUUGCCAACUUUAAUAAUCAGAAGACGAUGUACACGGCAGAGAACGCUGAAUUAAGAUUGCGCCUUGAAGAUCUGCAUUCCAGGAGCCAAAUAGAUGAGGCUGUCGUCCGAGACCUUCAAGAGAAGGUUAUGAUGUUUGACCCCUCAGCUACUACCCCGACUACCCCUCUGGGUUCCCAUCAGGCCACGCUAGAAGAUGAGCUGAAUGAAUCUAGUAAUGCCAUGUCAAUGAGGAAUCUCGAAUUGCAGCGCCUGCAGGCGGAGAAUGCCGUUCUCAAGAGCAGCAUUGGUACGGAGACGGAGAAAGGUCAGCUUAUCCAGGAGAUGGAGGACCUUCGCGUUUCACGUGAAACCCUGCAGGAGAAGGUGAAUGAUUUGCUCGAGAAGUACACGGUUAGCCAACAUCAGCUCGAUGCGCUUAUCCAGAACAUGGGCAAAGAUGGGUUAGUCAAGGCUAUGCAAGCUUGUUAUGACCUCGCUCCGGAUACGAAGUGGCUAAUGUCGAAUUAUUUCAGAGACGAAACAUAUUCCAACAUGCGAACGCAAGUCCUCGCCGAACAGAACAACACCAAGCAACUGGAAAGGGAACUUGCUGCCGCAAAGGAGCAGAUCGCCGACAAAGAUCGUGCUCUACUCGAAGCACGAGGUGAUUUUAAUGCCGUUGAGAAGUCGAGUCUAGAAGCCCUUGCGGAGCUGAAGAGAACAGAUGGCAUGCUUGCCGUUUCUCUUCGUGCCGAGCUUGAGGCGGAAAGGAAGAAACACAAGGCAUUAAGAGAUGAAUUCGAAAACCAGCGAUCGCAACUCUUGACAGCGUUUAUCGAGAAGGACCAACUCAGACGCGAGGCUGAGACGGCUAACCGCGAGAUGCAAAGAGCCGCAGACGGGCUGCCCGUCAGCACGGAUAGCGCAAAGCAAUCCGAGAAGAUGGAGAAGCUCCGGACACGAUACAAGCAACUACAGCAGCAAUACGAGCAGUCAGAACUUAAGAACCGCGAGCUAGAUCGGACACUCAAAGCUGUCCGUGCCGGAUCAGAAGCCGGUGCUCAGAAGGCACAAACCGACCAGAUUAUUAAAAACUUGCAGCGGGAGAAUGCGAUGAUCGCCACUGCUUGGUAUGACCUCACAAGCCGCCUACAGAGCAACCAUGUUGUGCUACAGCGGCGGCAUGAUGUCCCAAAGAGUUGGUUGAACAAGCAGAGACAAAUGGUGAAUGCUACACCUCGGAAAUAGGAACUCUAAGUAUAUCACAACUAACCAGAGGGGGACUCGUGAUUGUCUAGAAUUGGCUUAUUCUCCCAUUUUGAACUUUACUGCACGCGAAACUAAGUAUUCCUUGAAGUCGGUUUGGACACACACGGUGGGGGCUAGAAUUCCCCUUUCUCUCAUGCACUUUCUCAUGGAAGUCUUCCUUCGUCUUUUAUCACGUUACGUUGGAACGAGUGAUGUUACCAUCCUAGACGCAACACCCUUUGCCCCCUUGAAGCGCAUUUUUCUUUUUAUAGGCUUGGUGAGCAAGUAUGCACAGCAUUUUGGUGGACGGCCUCGGUGAUCGUUUCGCAUGCAACACAUGCAUGCCUUCUGUACGUAAAUUAUACCCGCUUUAUACUGCAUCGGUAGAUACGCGGUGGUUGUGUCCGUGAGAAUCAAGUCUUCCGAACCUAAAUCGAGAUGUUUCUAAUAGAAACUUCGGACGUUGCGUAUUAGUGAAUUAAGGAUUGUUGCAACG